CGUUCCAGAAAGCCUGUCAGACCCUGAUCCAGCUUUUGUUUUGACGCGCGACGUUUUACAAAAAAUUCUCGCUAUUCACAUGCGCUUCUCAGCCGGGCUCCCCGUCUUCAUAUCCGGUGAAACCGGAAUUGGGAAGACUGCAUUGCUAGAGUACUACGCCAAAGUCAGACAGCAACUCCAGUUGCAUGCGCCAAACCAGGAGCGUCGCACGCACAUGGAUGGCCAGGGUAGUCCACUCAAAUUAAUGCGGACUGUGAAAGUGCAUGGUGGCGUCGGUCGUGCAGCACUGAAUAGCUACGUGAAGGAAGCACUGCAACUUGCAAGAUUUAAUGCAAGAAAGGGGGUGCGGGAGACACUACUGUUCUUUGACGAAGCAAACACGUCGUUGGAAGUCGUGUGGGGGGUGAAAGAAUUGAUGACCAAUGGUCGACUUCAUGGUCGUGACCUGCGCAGCGAGUUGGAAGGCACGGAAAGAAAUUUCGAAACAGGCGAGCAGUUCCCGUUCCGCCUGCUUCUCGCAAUGGCCUGCAACCCGUACCGAGUGCAGCCACUCGCCGUUCGAAGGCAAAUGCACCGCGCUGGACUUGGCUACCGGCACGCAGCCGAAGAGGUGGAGAGCAACGACUCGCCACAAGACGAUCCUGCAGCCCGCGUUCGUCCUAUGCGGGACCUAGUGUACCGUGUGGUGAGGACGCCCCCUUCACUAUCCCGAGUAAAAACGUCCCCACCCAGCAGGAUUCUGUGUGCUUUAUUUACUGUGGUUUUUUCCAGCACAGAAACAGUCCAGAGUCAAAUGAGGAAUUUUGCUGCACAAACCAUCACGUCUUGGCUGUUCCGCAUGACAACUUAAAGUUUGGGCUUCCAAAAGCAUAAUCGCGCUCAGCGUACUAGUAAAGCUGCCCCACCAAGUGGCCAUCUUAUCCUGAUUGCGGCAUGACACCUGGCACUGCCAGACCGUAUUUCGAAAAGCUCCUCGCGUCGCUACGCAUGCGAAACAUUUGAGUAUUGUACGUAGAUUUGCAGGCCAAGCCUGGGGUGGGGACGUUGUUACGCAGAAUAAUCCUUGAGAGACAGCAUAUUCGAGUUUGGUUCUCUCCCUGAAGACGCCGAAGCGGAUUACGCCCGCCAAAUCAUCCUGCGACGUAUCCAAUCUAUGCUGCUCGAUGGACGACUUCGACCUGCUCCGAAACCCUCUCUGAGCCGCGCGCAGCGAGACACAGUCAGCGAAGGUAGUGGUGGUGAUUCGGAGACCGCGCAAGUGGUGCUGGAUCAGGAACAGGUCUGGCGUGAUAUGGUGCUGGAAAUUCAGAAGUUAAGAAAAGAUUCUGAGAAAGGAGAGAACAAGAUCCGUGACAUCGAGCGCGAUGUUUUUUUAUCGGUAGAGGACUCCGCUGCACCCCCUUCCGGCACGGUGGCGGCCGUCGCA